GGAUAAGGAUCGGUGAACGUUCUUGCAUCAGAGUCUUGCGCUGCUCCGCAACACUCGGCAGUGAUUCUCGCUCUCACGACGGUGCCGGAAAGGGAACGAAAUGGCCGCACGGAAUAUCGGCAAACUGGUGCCAGGCCGAACAGCUCUGUUCCUUUGCGACCUUCAAGAGAAAUUUCGCAAGACGAUACAGUACUUCCCGGAAAUCGUCGAAGUUUCAAACCGUAUGCUGAGAACUGCGAAGGCGCUCGAUAUGCCCGUCGUAGUCACGGAACAAUAUCCCAAAGGCCUAGGAUCUACAGUGGCGGAGUUGGGCAUUGACCAAUAUCCGGAGAUCAAGCCCUUUGAGAAGGUCCAGUUUUCUAUGUGCACCCCAGAAGUCGUCGAUUUGAUGAAAACCAAGCACCCGGACGUAGAUUCCGUGAUCUUGUGCGGCAUCGAGGCUCACGUCUGCGUGCAAAACACGGCUCUGAACCUUCUAGAACACGACUACAAAGUCCAUAUUGUGGCUGACGGUUGCUCCUCGCGUACUCUCGUAGACAGGUUCAUUGCAUUCGACCGAAUGAAGAUCUCCGGUGCUUUUCUGACCACCAGUGAAUCAGCCAUUCUGUCUCUUCUUCCUGGAGGAUCCUCGCAUCCAAAAUUCAAAGAAGUUCAAAAAAUUAUCAUGUCGAGCGCACCGGACACUGGACUGCUCACCUGGAAGUCAUCGAUGUGAUCGAUAUUCGCCGGCUCUCGCGAUUUUCGUUACGACUCGGAGUUGGUCUGGGAAAUCAGGGAAUCACAUACAAAACUCGCGCCGCUUCUUCCGCGGAUGAAUCUUAAUAAGCCUCUGCAGUCGGAGCUCGUAGGGAAUGACGUCCAACGUCUCGAAAGACUUGUCUCCGUUGAUUAAGACCCGAUUCUAUCAGAGACGUCGGCAAUAAAAGAGGCGUUUA